GCGGCGCAGGCGGCGGCGCGGGCGGCGGCGCGGUGUGCGGCGGCGCGAUGACGGGGUCUCCGCCGCGCGCGCGGAGUCGGAGCGUCGGCGGGCAAGAAGCGGCGCGGGCGGCUCAGGAGGAGGCGUCUCGACCUGGCGGCGGCGGAGCCCACAUCCUCGAGGCGGUGGCGCGGGCGUCGGGCGGGCGGUCCUCCGGCGGCCGUGCGAUCUUCUUGGCCGCGGCUCAAGAGGCGACUGAGGCGGCGGCUGCCGCCGCCGACACGGCCUCGAGAGCGCGUGAUAUGAUCAUCUCUGAGGUCGCGCCGGACUCUGCCGGCGGUGUGGACGGGGGCAACUCGAGCUUCCGCGCCGCCGUCGCACGAGUGCGCAAGGAGGCGCCGCAGGCGAGCCCCAAGAUGGUGCACGCGGUGCUGCAGCGCGACCCAAAGUGGCGCGGUGCCUCGCUCGCGCAAGUCGAGAAGCAGGUGGCCAAGCUCGACAAGAAGGAGGCGACGGCGGCCGCCGCCGCCGCGACGUACAAGACCGACGUCGACACGCGCGUGCUCUACGACCUCGGCCUGAUGGUCGACUGA